CACACCGAUCGUCUUCAGGAGUCCAUUUCCAAUUGGACAUUGUUCAACAACCAGUCAGAGCUAGAAUGUGUGGUCUUGGAGACAAGGAUCGUCGACAGAUAUCACCCCCACCAUUCGUUAAAGUGAGUCCCUUCGACAUCACCACUGGCAGACCACUGGACAGCACAUCCAUAGAGCUAUCACAAUUGGUGCUUGUCGUUGAGCUUUGGAGCCCAGACGAGACACAGGACUUGACUCUCAACCAGAACAUACAGAACGUUGUUGACGGAGAUCAUCUGAACAACAGUACAAAACACUCGAACCAACCGGUCAGCUCGGACUCAGAAGAGUCCAUGGGCGAUGUACCCACGAGGAAUCUCAUUGGCUCAACAGUGCUCAAUGCCUUUUCCCUGUUAAACGAUAGGCAUGAGCAAGGGAUAUGGUUCAUUCUGGGAGACCUAAGCGUACGAAUCGAAGGUGAGUUCAAACUGAAGCUGAACUUACUCGACUUAUCCACAGACCGUUCGAUCUCUGCGUUCAGCAAUACCUUUAAGGUAUACAGUGCAAAGAAAUUCCCAGGUGUCGUGGACAGUAUGCCAUUAGGCCGUGUGUUUGCCAGUCAAGGUGUUAAAAUUCCAAUUAGACGGGAGAUGAGGGAUUAGAGAGACCCCUUCCAUCUGCCAUAAUGUUGCUUAU